AUGACAAAUAAUGAUUACUGCUUCGAUGUUUGGACAAUUCGAAAGGUGGCAACUAAUGAUUUCGGUCAAGAUCACUGGGAUACAGAUGAUUUCAUUGAUUAUCAACAAAAUUAUAAUCCUGAUGAUGAUAAUGAUGAUGACAAUAAUCGUUCAAUCGAAGAUUUGGAUAAUGAUGAUGAUGCCGAUGAUAAAGGUAAAAGUUACAAUGGUUUUGGUGAUCGAGAUACAUCAUCGGAAAAUUGUUACCCAUUGAAAAGAAAAAAAACAAUUUAG